ACCAAGAUCAUAUCUCUUUUUAACUUGUACACUACCUCUUAGCUUCAGAUUUCAACUCUUACAAGAACAUAUAUCAGCAUGAUGUAAUUUUAGACUUCAGCAUAUUAGGUCCACACCAAACAAUAGUAACGCCAUUGGGAUAUAACAGGUACACAAAGUAUAUCUGUCGCAACAUGUUCCACCUUAAAUCCCAACGCGUACGCAGGUGACCAAGAUGGACUUAAAAGAAAACGGAGCUCAGCUCCUCCAGCCCAAGAUCCACCCCCUCAAGCUCUUCGACGCAGCCAGAUCCCAGAAACGACUCCUAUACGCCUGCGCGCCCAUGGUCCGGUACAGCAAGCUCGCCUUCCGGCAGACGGUGCACCACUUCGGCACAGACCUAUGCUGGACGCCCAUGAUCCUAGCCAAGGAGUUCAACCGGAGCCGCGUGGCGCGCGACAGCGACCUGACCGUCUCGUCGACCCGCGCGCACGAAGAGGUCCCGACCAUAGCCCAGUUCGGCGCCAACGACCCCGUCGAGCUGUCGCGCGCCGCCUCCCUCGCUGCCCCCUUCGUCAACGGUGUCGACCUCAACUGCGGGUGUCCCCAGAGCUGGGCUUGCGCCGAGACCCUGGGUGCUGCGCUGAUGGGCCGCCGCGAGCUGGUGCGCGAUAUGGUGGUUGCGACGAGGGAGCGGCUUGCGCGCGACGGGUGGGAUGUAGAUAGUUUCGCCGGUGCCGAUUCCGAUGUUAACGGUCGCGUGGGCCGUAGCGUCAGCGUUAAGAUUCGAGUACAUAAGGACCUGCGACAGACGGUAGACUUCAUCACUACCGUCCUGGGCGACGAGCACCACCGGAACAUCGACUGGCUCACCAUUCAUCCGCGCACGCGCAACACCCCUAGCAGUAUCCCUAUUAACGUCGAGGCACUCGAGACGCUCACCUCUAUGUUCGGCACGAAACUGCCAAUCCUCGUAUCCGGCGACGUCUUCACCUUGUCUACGCUCCCAUAUACUUCUCACCUCCUAGACCCCCAGCCCACAUUCACCACCUCUAACGAUCCGUCCUCCGAUACCACUGGCAACAACUCCAAGCCUAAACUCAACUUACCCAACCUAUCCGGCCUCAUGUCCGCGCGCGCACUCCUCGCAAACCCGGCGCUCUUCGCCGGGUACGACGCCUGUCCCUGGGAGGCCGUCGACGUGUUCAUGAACAACGUGGCACGAGCGCCGCUGCCCCUUAAACUAGCGAUACAUCAUCUAAACGAGAUGUGCGGGCCGGGCUUCGGCCCCGACCGCAACGCCGCCCUACUGUCAAAGAAGGAACGCAUACGUCUUAACGAGAUAGGUAACUGGAUCGACGUCAUUGACUAUAUGGACGAGAUUAAGAGUCAGCGUGGAGGGAAAGGCGGCGUCGUGCGAUUUACUUGAACAUUUGGGCGGUCUAAGACGGAUAGACAGGAUAGACAUAUGUACAUUUUUCGGAAGGAAUCGAUACCCAUUAUGGCGGAUGGUGCUCUAUAAUCGAACUCAUG